UAAAUGAAUAUAAUUUCUUUAAGAAACCUCAAAGAGCGUAUUUUAUUUCCUCUUUCCUUCUCGCCAGGUUCUCUGAAAUUUCGUGGGUUCCGUUGUUUCUUCGCUCCGUGAAUCAUCAAUCGAUUCAAUUCAGAACCAAUUAAGCACUAGCGAUGUUUCGAUUCUGGGGAUCACAAGAGCAACAAUCGCAGGAUGCACAAUCAUCACAGUCGUGGUAUUCACCAUCUGUGAUGAGCUCAUCGAGUUCUUCAAGACCUGCUACACCUACUUCCUCUUCCGCUUCACCGAGGCCUUCUUCACAUAUUCCACCAGCAGAGGCCGCUGAAACUAUUGCUUCUUUGAGGGACAAAAGUGUUGAUGAGUUAAGGAAGCUUUUAUCUGAUAAAGAUGCGUAUCAACAGUUUCUAAAUUCACUUGACCAGGUCAAGAUUCAAAACAAUCUGAAAGACGAACUUCGUAAGGAGAAUUUGCAGCUUGCAGAGGAAAAUCUACAAAAGGAACCUCGUAUGAUGGAACUUAGGAAUCAGUGUAGAAUAAUUCGGACAACCGAAUUAGCUGCUGCUAAGGAGAAACUAAAUGAGCUUGAGAAGCAGAAAGAAGAAAUGUUAAAGUUGAAUUCCCCUGCAUCCCUUCUCCAAAGAAUUCAAGAGUCCGUGAACAAGACAGAUGAGGAAUCUGAAAAUCUGCACCAGCAUCUCCUUGACAGAGAGAUUGACCUUGCAGCUUUUUUGCAGAAAUACAAGAAGUUACGUAACUCUUACCACAAGGGAACUCUUAUACAUCUUGCUGCUAAAACAUCAAAUAUAUGAUCCCUGACAUAUGGAAUAUGAAGUAUACUAGAGUAAACCAAUUGUGUAAGUUGUACUAGGGUGGAUAGAGAAACAUAUGCUGCUAUCUUUGAUGAGUGAGAAACAUUCGUAUGCACACCUUGAAAAUUGACAUUGUUCCCUGUAGUGAUUUGUAUUCAUAAAUGCGUUUGUUUUCACUAUCGAGUAGUUUUGUGCCAUCUUUAGAAAAUGUACGGACUUAUCUGCACCUUCUUUUAGGCUUUUUUAACUGUACUACCUAUAACAGUAUUUUUCUGAAGUAUAUAUGCUUCUUUAUGAUUAUCAUCAUCACUAUUAAAGGAUUUGCUGUUGUUUUGUAACA